UCUUUUUCAUUUCCCUUUCACAUUCUUGUAGGUUCUCCAAAGACAACAUAUAUUGGCAAGGAGUUGUUAAGUGUUACUCCUUUGCAGAUUAAGUGAAGUUUAUCAAAGUAAACCUACUCUGGAAGACAACUUCUAAAUCAAUAGCCUCAUUUAUUAAUUACUUGUUAUUUGAUGGAGAGAGAUAUGUAUAUCGCUCCACUGGAGAUUUCUGGUCGAGGUGCUACAGUAAUAGAUGAAAUAUCCCAGCAUCCCACCUCAAAUCCUCUCAUUCAGUGCUAUUCACUUGACCUUAACAACCAAUCCCAUAUCAUAAAUGGAAUUUCAAUGCUUUCUGGAGAGCAAGGUGAACCUACAAGUAAUGUCCAUGCUGAUGCUUGCUUCAUUAGUCCAUCAACUAUUGCUGACUCCACUCCAUUAGUUACAUCACGGAGAAAGACUAUUGUGGGAGAUGCCUCAAAUCCCAUGGCGAACUCUGAGUUUCAAGAGCAUUUAGUUGGAGGAGUGCCCCUCACUCCUGCUUCGCUUGCUGCCAUUCUUGCUGAUAGAAUUGGUCUUGAAGAAAAUUUGGAGAAUUCAGCCGCCGCCCUAGCUCCCUCAAUCUUUUCCACGGGGGCACUAGAGGUAUUCUUCAACAAUUUGCAUGGUACUUCAAACCCUUGGUUUGGAACUUUUGAGGAGUGUGCUUACAAUGAAAUUCCUAGUAAGUGGAAUGCUAACAAAUUUCCUAAAGCUCCAGAGAAUGAUGGAACUUGUCAGCCCUAUUCUUCUGUGGCAAACCUGGAUCCAAAUGUAUGGGCUACAUCAAACGUUGCAAACAUGGCCAACUAUGCUCACUAUUCCUCUAAUUUUAGUAAAGAACUUUCUCUGAGUCUUGCAACAUCUACAGCCGCAGGACAGUGCUCAGACGUGACUUGCUCUAAUAUGACCCCGUGCAUGAAUGGAACCAUUUCCUGCAGCAGUAGUAGGGAAAUUUCUAUGAAUUUGGGUGGUAAUAAACAUGCACAAAUUUCACCAGAAGUACUGGAAUCGAGAUACCUUCUUGGGAUUCAAGAGAUACUUGCUCAAAUUGCAAGAUAUUCAUUUCAAAAUCUGGAACAGUUAAACUAUUCAGCCCCUGGUAAUAGAGCAGGUGGACACAAGUCAACUUCAGCGUUUCCACCCAAGAGAAACAUCUUGACAGAUCACAAUGCAAGUUCUGUUUACGAAUCUCAUGCAGAGUCUCCUUUGCAAAGGCAGGCUGCUGAAUCUAAGAAAGCUCAACUGCUGGCACUUCUACAACUGGUGGACAGUCGAUACAGCCAGUGUUUGGAUGAGAUACAUACUGUUGUAUCUGCAUUCCAUGCAGCUACCGAGCUGGACCCACAGAUACAUGCACAUUUUGCUCUUCAAACCAUCUCUGUCCUUUACAAGGACUUACGGGAGAGGAUUAGCAACUACAUUCUUGCCAUGGGAUCAAGUUUCAAAAAAUCGUGCACGGAAGACAGUGAAUGGUCUAUUGAAACUUCAUUCCUUCAAAAGCAAUGGGCUCUCCAGCAGUUGAAAAGAAAAGAUCAGCUGUGGAGGCCCCAGAGAGGCUUGCCGGAAAGAUCUGUCUCGGUUCUACGGGCAUGGAUGUUUCAGAAUUUCCUACACCCGUAUCCGAAAGAUGCAGAGAAGCAUUUACUGGCAGUGAAAAGUGGGUUGACUAGAAGUCAGGUAUCCAACUGGUUUAUAAAUGCUCGUGUGCGGCUGUGGAAACCUAUGAUUGAAGAGAUGUAUGCUGAAAUGAACAAAAGAAAGGCCUGUCGAAAUGAAGAAGAAAUCCAGAAUAACCAUGGGAACAGGAUAAGCAUGAGUAAUCAAAGGUUUAAUGUUAACUAAAGGUGUAACAAAGUCGCAUAACGAUAUAAAGCACCUUUUUCUUUAUUCAAACAGAAAACAGAACUGAGGCCAAAAUCUGAGCUUAUUGUUUUGCAUGGUAGGUAGGGUAUAUUAUUUAUGAGGAUGUCCUGUCCAUGAAGAAAAUAGAAUGUUAGAAAAUUUCACGA